AUGUCAGGUUUGAAGCUAAUGAGGGCGAUCCGAGUGAGCGAGUUCGGUGCUCCAUCAGUCCUAAAACUGUGCGCUGACGUAGAAGUUCCGCAGCCUGGAAGUGGACAGGUGUUAAUACGUGUCCAUGCCUGCGGCGUGAACCCUGUGGAAACAUACAUCCGUGCUGGGACAUACAACCGGAAGCCCUUGCUUCCAUACACACCUGGCACCGAUGUAGCUGGCAUGGUAGAAAGUGUCGGAGAGGGCAUCACAGCAGUGCAGACAGGGGAUCGUGUCUUUACCACGUCCACUCUGACUGGAGGUUAUGCAGAAUUUGCUGUAGCUGCACAUGACAAUGUCCACAAGCUGCCUGAUACAUUAGACUUCAGCCAGGGAGCAGCAAUCGGCAUCCCAUACUUCACAGCCUACAGAGCUCUGGUUCACAAGGCUCAUGUAAAGGCAGGAGAGACUGUCCUCAUCCAUGGAGCCAGUGGAGGGGUUGGUCUGGCAGCAUGUCAGCUCUCUCGUGUGCUGGGCCUCAGGGUGCUGGGGACUGCUGGGACCAAAGAGGGAAUGGAGCUUGUGGCCAAAAAUGGAGCUCACCUGACAUUUAAUCACAGAGAGGUUGACUAUACUGACAAAAUAAUGGGAGCCACAGAAGGCCAAGGAGUAGAUGUGAUUGUGGAAAUGUUGUCUAAUGUCAACCUUAACAAAGACCUCCAAAUGAUGAAAUUUGGAGGUCGUGUAACGGUUGUAGGCUCAAGAGGGCCCAUAGAAAUUAACCCCAGAGACACAAUGGCCAAAGAGAGCAGCAUUAUAGGAGUUUCCCUUUUCUCUGCCACACCGACGGAGAGGAAGGAGUGUGCAGCAUUUCUUUUUGCUGGGAUGGAAGCUGGUUGGCUGCGUCCAAUUGUCGGGGACCAGUAUCGACUGGACAAGGCUGCUCAGGCCCACCAUGAUAUAAUCGAAUGCCGAGGGGCCACUGGAAAGAUUGUGCUGACUAUGUGA